GACGGUAUACCACAUGCCGUCGGUUGCCAUGAUCAAGAAGGACAGUUUGCUGGGGUCGAUCUUGGUAAAUGUCACAACCGGCUCAGCGGUCAGAUACGGUGGCGUCUGGAAGUCACCGUGGCGUCUGGAAGUCACCGUGGCGUCUGGAAGUCACCGUGGCGUCAGGGGUGAUGUACCCUAAAAUCACAUUCUAUCGGUAAGUAUAUGUAUGUGGUUGAGGCUGAGCAGUGGCAUUUUGUUAAAUCUGCGCGGUCUGGCCAAAGCCACAGUCUGUGUGGUGGUUGAUUCCCCGACUCUCAAUGCUCCUCUUGUUGUCGUUGCAUGUGGAACUGCUAGCAGCAUAGCACUACUUUUUUACUUGCAACUACAUUUGAGUGAGAACCUUUUCCGCCUUUCUCUUGUAUGCACUAAAGGCACUGAACUGCAACUAAAAGCCAAGACUAAUCUAGUCAUUCGUUGUUAUCCACAUUCUAAAAUGGGCCAAGAAAAUCAUAACGCUCCUUGGCGUCUGGCUGGAACCAGCUAUGCCUCUCCUGGCCGCCAACACGAACUGGCCAAUCAAACCCCAGCCUGUCAACCUCGACGUCGUCGUCAUCUCUUGGGGCAUCUCACGAGUUACUAUUCUGUUUCUGGACAUCAACGCGAUCAAGCCAUUGAGAUGUGAGCUGGAGGAAAUGAUAUCUUCAGCAGUCUCAGGCAUCCAGUUUGUUGCCAUCGGAGCUCUGACUAUAUAUACCAUAGAUCGUUU